UGGAGAAGCUGCUCUUUCCCACAGACCCCCUACUUCUGGUGUCACUUCUCCUCUCAAGUACUGACUGGAAUCCUCAGAGGUGCCAACUCGCACCUCACGGAGGAUAUAUACAGGAAGAACAUGGUCCACCAGCAACCACAACCUCAUUCAGCAACUCUACAGCCAUGGAUAUCUCCAGUUCUGCUCUUCAGCUCCAAGACAACGGCGCUUUCCUUUUUGGCUGCGAGAACAUCCUGGAUCCGAGCUACGGCGUAUCAGAUGCGGGCUACUACAGCGCCGGUAGCAGCCUGUCUCCAACCUCUUCCAUAGAUUCCUGUGGCUUCUCCCCUCCAGCAUACUCUUGCGGAGCGGGACACGACAUACUUCAGGUCUUCCCACUCGACAGCAGCACCACCCAGGAGAAGAACAAGGGCCAGCCAACCAAGAGAACCGGGCGGCCAAGGUCAAAAUUCCCUGGAGUGAAGCGGGAAACCGCAAGUGAACGGGAGAAGCUGAGGAUGAGGGAUCUGACCAAAGCUCUUCAGCAUCUCAGGACGUACCUGCCUCCAUCAGUGGCUCCUGCCGGAAAAACCCUGACCAAGAUUGAGACGCUACGGCUCACUAUCCAGUACAUCUCCAGUCUGUCUGCUCAGCUUGAAUUCAGUGAAGACGAGGCAAAUCGUGGAAAUCAGGCCGAGGUCGUCACCGCAUCAACCAUGUUUGACAACUUCAGUGCGGCCCCUUCAGUUCCUCAAAGUUUACCAGCUCAGCAGUUCCCAUCUAUGACCUGUUAUCAGACUCAGAAUCCAGUCGAAGGCGAUUUCCUUUCAUUCCCAGCUCAGGAAUUUUGGAUUCCCCAGCAACACAAUUUCUUCCAUGGACAGUGCUGAUCUGAUUAAACCAGACUGAAAUGUAAAACCUGAAUGCAAAUAUGAAUCUGUGCAAUGUCUGUAAGAUAAUGAAAAUUAAAGACUUUAUUUUUUUAUAUGUUUGUAUAGCUAUUUAUAUUUUUGU